AUGGACCCCUCCCUAUGGACCAUCGCAUGCAGUUUCGCCGUCUUAAUCCCCCUCGGCAUCCUCAUCCACGAUGUCCUCCUCUGGAAACGCCUCCCCCCAGGCCCCCCUCCCCUCCCCCUCAUCGGCAACAAGCACUCUCUCCCCUCGUACCAUCCCUGGAUCAAAUUCCAAGAAUGGUCCCGGAUAUACGGCCCAAUAUACACCGUCUGGCUCGGCCGACGCCCAACAAUCGUAAUAUCCGACCCCGUCAUUGCAUCAGAACUACUCGAGAAACGCUCCGCCAAGUACAGCACCCGCCCGAGAUUCGUCACCAUGGGCGAGAUCUACUGGGACAUGGCGAGCAUUCUGGUCCAGCCGUAUGGGAAAGAGUGGCUUGUUCGUCGGAAAUUGCUGCACUCUGCGCUGACGCCGCGCGCGCUGGAGAAUUACAAGGGGUUGCAGGAGGCGGAGUCUGCGCGUCUUUGCUACCAACUCCUAUCUAAUGCCGAAGACUUCGAGGCGCUGUUCGAUAGACUGACUUCGUCAAUUGUUUUUGCGAUAUCGUACGGCCAUCGCGUGGAUGAUAUGCGGUCGCCGGUUGUGCGGCAGCGCCUGGAGUUCAUGCAGUAUGUCUCUGGGUUGAAUGUCCCAGGCGCGUAUCUGGUCGAGUCUUUCCCAGCGCUGAAAUAUCUCCCUGACUGGAUUGCGCCGUGGAAGGCGGAGAUUAAACGACGGGGCCGGAUUGAAGCUGAGGCCAAUAUGAAGCUUGUCCGCGUAGUAGAGAAUGAUAUCGAGUCCGCCGGUAAUUCUCACAAUGCCGCACCAGUCUUCAACAGCUUGACCAAGCAGUUACUUGAGAAUAGGAAGGCAGAUCCCGGGUCGUUCCCUCUCAGCGAACGCAACUUCAGCUUCAUCCCGGCGUCUCUAUUCGGUGCUGGCUCCGACACUACAGCGUCAACUCUGUGCUCUGCAAUGCUGGCUAUCGUGACAACCCCGGGUAUUCUGGAAACAGCACAAGCAGAGCUUGACUCGGUGGUCGGGCGUGAUCGAUUACCUGUAUUCAGUGAUAUCCGCAAUCUCCCAUACCUGCGCGCGCUCUGCAAAGAAGUCCUCCGCUGGCGCCCCGUCGCUGUCCUAGGAGGAACACCGCACGCCUCUUCUGAAGACGACUACUACCGCGGCUUCUAUAUCCCCAAGGGUACCGUUAUCCUGGGGAGCUCCUGGGCCAUCAACCUGAAUCCGGAAUACUAUCCCGACCCAGACAAGUUCAACCCGUUGCGCUUCCUAGACGUGGAUCCGGACUCUCUGCCUUACCUGACUCACCCCAAGACAUCGAAUGCCACUGGUCUCCCCCAUCCAAGCAAAUCAGGCCAUAGCUCAUUUGGCUGGGGCCGUCGGAUCUGUCCCGGUGCCGAGCUGGCGAGCAAUACGCUGCUGAUAACGUUGGGCCGGUUGCUGUGGGGGUUUGAGAUCCGGCCUGUCCCUGGGAUUGGGUAUGAUACGUUGGAUUAUACAAAUGGGUUUAAUAUUCGACCGCGCGACCUGCGGGUUGGUAUUGAGAUUCGGUCUCAGCGGCAUCGGGAGGUGGUGGAGAGGGAGUAUGAAGCUGCGAUGGUGUUUUUGGAGACUCUCACGCCGUUUACGGAGUCGAUGUUAGAUGUGAUGAAGCGCCAUCUUUCCAAAUGCCAAUUCAAACUGAAGCCGGUCGCAGUCAGCUCAGACACAAAUAUACCGCAGGACAACUCCCUCCCAGGCAACUCUCUCUCCGACGAACUCAGUGACCCCCCGACUCUCCAGCCAGACUCAACCCAAUCCAAUGCCGAAACCCAUUUCCUGCUUCCCGAGACACCCACGAGCGAUGCAAUCUGGAACGACCUGAACUUUGAAAGCGUGCAAUUCCUGUUCGACCCGACGUUCUUGGAUCGUGACGAGGAUACCCGCUUGCAACAGACCGCGCCGCGUGGGUUUGGGGUGCCUUGUAUAAACAUCGACCCGGCUGAUACGUUUAACUUCCUGGAGAGCAUUGCCAGCAAGGAAAGUUCACUGGAGAUCCGAUACGCCUGUUCGCUGUAUGAGAGGGAAUGGGCUAGUCGGGAGCUGGAAGCUGAUACAAGGCAAGAUGCGUUGGUUGUCCCAGGGAAUCCUGCCGUACGAUCGUUAGACCGAACAUCCUACCCUCCACCCGAGACAGCGCACAAAAUCGUGCAGCAGAUCAAAGCCGUUUCCCAAAGGUCCCCCAUAACACACCGAUGGACAUCCCAGCUAGAAAAAGACUGUAUCCGCUUCUUCAGUCCCCGGAACAUCGAGCGUUUCAUCCGUAUCUACUGGAUCGCAUGGCACCCGCAUUACCCCGUCAUCCACAAGCCAACAUUCUGCAUAGCAGAUACCCCGACCCCUCUUACGGCAGCAAUGUGCAUCAUUGGCGCAUGCUUCUCGCCUAAUGAAAAUGACCGCAUCACUGCGAAACUGUGGCUGAAUGGCGUCGAGGAAAUGGUGUUUACGAAUCCGUAUUUCGGGGACAUUAUACUGCAUGAUGAGGCGACUGUGAAUGUCCGCGAAAUUGUGCAGUUGCUUCAGGCGGCGUACUGCGUUUCGACCUUUCAGAUCAGCGAGGGGAGUAAAGUUAGCCAGAGACGAAUUCGGAGACAGCGGUUUAAUAUGGUGGUUUCGUUGGCAAGAGACCUGAACCUCUUCAACACAACACAUCGGAAUCUCGAUAAUCUACACGAAAACAACUUUUGUUGGGCCAGUUUUAUUGCAAAUGAAGAGUGCAUCCGAACAAUGCUCUUCAUUUACAUCCACGACACAGCCUUUGCCAUCUUCACCAACUACCCACCCCGCACAAGGGUCCAGGAGAUGUCGCUAGACAUGGCGUGUCCAGAGGCCUGUUUCCAGGCAUCCUCGUCCCGGGAAUGUUUCGCCGCAAUCAAAACAUGGACAUCGCACCCGUUGUGGAAAUGCAGAAUGCGGCUGCGCGAGGUCGUCGAGGUCGUCCUUUGCUCGGAUAUAGCCACCGCUCCUGAGAUUAUAGCGUAUUUAUCGCAUCUGGGGAUUUUGAAUCUGUGGAUUGUUUGUUCUGCUUUGAUAUCUGAGACUCUCCAGAUAAAUAGCCUCCUUAGUUCAAGCACCCAGCCCCAUCUGCAGCCUAUGCGACGCGCAAUCCAUAAUUGGAAGAUUGCCUGGAACCAGCGGUACAUGAUUCAGGACAAUUUCGGGCUGCCGAAGGAGGAAGAUAGAGGAGAAGAAGGGCGUGCACCACCCGAAGAUUCCUGGCGCCGCGUAGGGUUCUUCAGGAACGCGUCAGAGUAUUGGCUGCUUGUGCAUGUUUUGAUUGAGAGGGUUGAGGAGCAGCAGAGGGGGAGGGGCAGCAGUGGCGAUAGUAGGUGCUGUGAGAGGCCUUAUACGCCGUCGAGGUGUGACGAGGCGGCGAUGGUUGAUUUGAAGAAUCUGAUAGCGGAGCAUCAUCGGGGUCUUGGUAGCCCUGGGGGGUUUGGGUUUGGAUGA